UCUUGUUUUUGUAAUAUCUAAUGACAUUUUGGUUAUGUAAUCCUGUAUUCAACUAUAAAAUAUCUCGUCUCGAGUCUCCUCCAGUUAGGCCCCGCCCCACCAGGAAGUACAAAUAUAAACUCAGCAGUGCUUUCACUUUGAGCAUUGUGUGUAUGGAGGAUAAGACAAGCAUCAACUUUAGCUUUAAAGAAGAGGGAUCAAGAAUGGAAGAUACAGAGAAAACAAAGCUUGAGGAGUUGCUGAUGUGCCCAGUGUGCCAGGACAUCUUUAAGGAUCCUCGGCAGCUGCCCUGUGGACACAGCAUGUGUAUGGGCUGUCUGGAAAACAUGAUGGAUCACUCCUCAGACAUUCCCUUCCGUUGCCCAGACUGUAGAGCACACUUUGGACCAAUCAUUGGGGUGCAGAAGAGCUACGCACUGGCCAACGUCGUGGAGGACUUCAGGGUGAACAGGAGGAGAAGGGAAGAGCAGACAAAAAGUGUGUACUGCGACUGCUGCCUGGAGAACAAAACUCUGGCCAUUAAAACAUGUCUAAAGUGUGAGGUGUCGCUGUGCAAAGAGCACGUCAAGGACCACCUGGAGCUGCCAGUGUACACGGGACACCCCUUGGUCAGUCCUCUGGGUGACCUCCCGGAGAGGAAAUGCCCACAGCACGAGGACGAGGUGCUGAGAUACUACUGCAACGCAUCCAGGCGCUACAUCUGCAAUGUGUGCGCCCUGGAGAGCAAGCAGCACAACCUGGCCACCGAGGCCUCCUCCGUCCUGCGGAGACAGCUGACUGAGUACAUGGACCAACGCUUCAACAUGCUCAAGGAGCAAUCCAGUGAGUCUGUAAAAAAACUGCAAGAAGACAUUCAACGUGAAAAACAGAAAGUGAACCCCGCAGACUCAUCCCUCAACAGUGUCACAAUGGUGCUGCUCUGUUUGUGGUUCAUUGUUCUGUACUACGCUUACAACUACUCCGUGGAAAACCAGAUGCUAACGGAAGCGCUGGACAAGCAGCAGAGCCGUGUGCAUCACAUUUAUUCCACCAUCGCAGAACUCUUGGUUGAUCAUCCAAUGAAGAGCCACAGACCUCCAGAGACAGAAGAUCAAGGAUUUCUCAUGUUGGAUCUGAACACAGCCAGUCCUUUCCUCGGAGUCUCCGCUGACCUCCAAACAGCAGAGAGAAUGAAAACCAAGCUGGACUAUCCCAACAGUAAUAGUCGCUUCAAAGAAGCCCCGCAGGUCCUCUCUGCCCGGUGCUUCUCCACUGGUAGCCACAUCUGGGAGGUGGAGGCUGAGGGAUACUGGGACAUCGCCGUGUCAUACAAGAGCAUCCAACGUAAGAGCAAGGACUGCUAUGGACGCAGUUCUGAUCAUAGAUUUUGGAGAACCAUUUUUUAAUCAAUAAAAUUAUUUUUAAAUCAACAUUUUGUGUCAAAUUAGUGAUUACUUUAGGAAGUAGUCGUGUGAUAAGCAAGCCCUACGUGUCGGGGUCCUGCAUCACACUGUUGGGGUUCAAUUCGCAAUAAUGAGCCACUUGCUCUGCAUUUAUCUGACAUAAAUGUGUAAGACUAAAAUCAGGUUUUCUGGCGCACCAAAAAGAAAUUAACUCUUCAACCUUUAGCUCAAUAUUUCAAAAACAGGUAAAACUACAUACUUAUAAAUACUUGUAAAAUAAUUCAAAAGAACAAAUAUACAAAUGUUGAAGCUGAAUGAGCUGAAAGCUAAACAGACUACAUUAACUACAUUUUUUUCUACAAACAAAAACAACACUAAAUCAUACAAAUUCUACACAAAUGGGGUCAGAACUCUGACUGCCAAAUGUUUCUUUGGAGAUUACACAUUCAGUUUAAUGAGUCUACAUUUAAUGACUAACUUCACUGUGAAGUUAAUGCCAUGCCAGCUUCUCUACAGAUAAUGGAACUGAAAACAUUCUCAAUCUGUGUAACUUUUGCUGAACACCAGCCAUUUUGGCCACAAGUGCCAAGUACAGGAUAAAGGAAAAUGCCAAAAUAGUCAGCUGACUGACUCAGCGAUGUCCGUUACACAGCAAUAUCUAUCUAAAGAUGCUAACAUCAGCCUAUUGGCUACAGACCAAAAAAGCAUGUUUAAGUUAGAAAAGUUACAGCAUUGCUUUAAGAGACAAAGCACAAAGAGGAAGCACUGGAUUCAGCAAAACUGCUCAUUUAUUAAGAAAACAUGAAAGUCAAGAAUUUUUUAACAACAAUGAUCUGAACAGAAUGUGUCACAAAAAAUGAAGGCAAUAUUAAACGUAGGCCACUAUUCUCAGUACAAAUACAAGCUGUACAGUGAUACAGUUUUCCCACUCAAACUUAGGCAUAUUUCAGCCUUUACUUGUAAUAAGGAAUUGUUUCACAUGCUUAGAGACCUGAAA